GUGAAAUACCCAAAGAGAUAAGCCAUCUCAUUGAGUUGGAGGAACUUGAUCUUGCGGAUAAUAGUUUUAAUGGUCGACUUGAUAUGGAUAUCUUCAACAUGUCAGGGCUGAGAGUAGUUUCUCUUACAAACAAUACUUUAUCAGGAAACCUCCCACCAAACAUGUGUUCUAUCUUACCCAACAUUGAAAGAUUUUAUAUGUCCUUUACCAAUCUUGUUGGGACUAUUCCUUAUUCCAUCUCCAAAUGUUCAAAACUUACUAUUCUAGAGCUUUCAUACAACAAACUUACUGGCCUGAUUCCCAACUCACUUGGAUAUUUGACUCAUCUACAGUAUCUAAAUUUAGGGGGAAACAAUUUAACCAGCGAUUUAUCAUUAAGCUUCCUGACUUCCUUAACCAAUAGCAGAAAUUUUACAGUUCUUGAUAUAUCUUUAAACCCUCUAAAUGGCAUGCUUCCAGCCUCCAUGGGGAACCUUUCGACGUAUCUUAGAAAAUUUAUCGCCAACAGUUGUAAAAUCCAAGGGCUAAUUCCAAAUGAAGUUGGGAACUUAAGCAACUUAUUAUUCCUUGAUCUUUCUGGAAACAACUUGGUUGGAUCAAUUCCCACAACAAUUGGCAACUUGAGAAACCUUCAGCGCUUCAACUUGAGUAACAACAAACUUACAGGAUUUGUUGGUGAUCAUAUAUGUAAAUUGCAGCGUCUGGGUGAUAUUUACUUGGAUCAAAAUCGACUUUCAGGAUCUCUUCCUAAUUGUUUAGGGAAUAUUACUUCCCUUAGGGAGAUACAUCUGGGUUCCAACAAAUUGAGUUCCAAUAUACCACCAAGCUUAGGGAACCUUCAAGAUCUAGUGGUUCUUGACUUAUCGUCAAACAACAUGGUAGGCUUGUUACCUCCAGAAAUUGGGAAUCUAAAGGCUAUAACAAAGAUGGAUCUAUCGAUGAAUCAAUUCUCAAAUGGAAUUCCAAGAGAAAUUGGAGGAUUGCAAAAUCUGGCACACCUUUCUUUGAGACACAACAAGUUGCAAGGAUCUAUACCUGACUCAAUGAGAACCAUG